GACGGGGACUGGAAGUGCAGUGUAAAUCCCGGAAUUACUGUGGUUGCAGGAUGCAGACCCCCGAGCGAGAGGGAAGUGGGCCAGAGGCGAGCCCCAGCGUGAUGGCCGAGCCUUCCUCAGAGUCUCCUCCUGCUCCUGCCAAGUCCCCCGCUUUUGAUCUUUUCAACUUGGUUCUGUCCUACAAGAGGCUGGAGAUCUACCUGGAACCCCUGAAGGACGCAGGUGACGGUGUUCGAUACCUGCUCAGGUGGCAGACGCCUUUGUGUUCCUUGCUGACCUGCCUGGGCCUCAACGCCUUGUUUCUCACUUUGAAUGAGGGUGCAUGGUACUCCGUGGGUGCCCUGAUGAUUUCAGUGCCCGCCCUGCUGGGCUACCUUCAGGAGGUUUGCCGGGCACAGCUGCCCAAGGCCGAGCUGAUGCGGAGGAAGUAUCACAGCGUGCGGCAGGAAGACCUGCAGAGAGUUCGCCUUUCCCGCCCUGAGGCCGUGGCAGAGGUGAAGAGCUUCUUGAUCCAGCUGGAGGCCUUCCUGAGCCGCCUGUGCUGCACCUGCGAAGCUGCCUACCGCGUGCUGCACUGGGAGAACCCUGUUGUGUCUUCACGGUUUUACGGGGCUCUUCUGGGCACGGUGUGCAUGCUGUACCUGCUGCCGCUCUGCUGGGUCCUUACCCUUUUAAACAGCAUGCUCUUUUUGGGGAACGUGGAGUUCUUCCGAGUGGUGUCUGAGUACAGGGCAUCCCUGCAGCAGCGGAUGAACCCCAGGCAGGAAGAGCACACCCAGGAGAGCCCACCACCGCCGGACGCUGCGGAGAUGGGUGCUCUGCUGGAGAGCACGCCUGCCCCCACGCCCACGGAGGACAGGGCUGCCAGCCUUCUCCAUCUGUCAUGGUGUCUCUCUGCCCAGGACCUCACACCAGGCAGCGUAGAGGAGGCCGAGGAGGCAGAGCCAGACGAGGAAUUUAAAGACGCGAUUGAGGAGACCCACCUGGUGGUGCUGGAGGAUGACGAAGGCACCCCAUGCCCAGCAGAGGAUGAGCUGGCCCUCCAGGACAACGGGUUCCUGAGUAAGAACGAGGUCCUGCGCAGCAAGGUGUCCCGGCUCACGGAGCGGCUCCGCAAGCGCUACCCCGCCAACAACUUCGGGAGCUGUACCGGCUGCUCAGCCACCUUCUCGGUGCUGAAGAAGAGGCGGAGCUGCAGUAACUGUGGAAACAGCUUCUGCUCUCGGUGCUGCUCCUUCAAGGUGCCCAAGUCCUCCAUGGGGGCCACAGCCCCUGAAGCCCAGAGAGAGACUGUGUUCGUGUGUGCCUCGUGUAACCAGACCUUGAGCAAGUGAGAAGAGAGGCCGGGGUCCAACCCGGUGCCAAUCUUCGGGGCCAGCAGCAGACCCCUACCCCACCCCUGGCCCCUUGUAGCCCAUGAUGGGCUAAUGUGGACUGAGUGCUAGGUAGGCUACCCCUCCCUUCCCUCACUGUCCCCAGCUGGGUUCCGGAAUUAUUCCCUGCUCCUGUGGGUGGCUGGCAGUGGCUGCUGUCGGACACUGAGGGAGCACCUGGAGGGUCUGGCAUGUUUGCCUGGCGCUGCUCUGGGCUGAGUGGACCCAGGGCUGGGCAGGGAGUAUCCCCUAGAGGGCAGCAGUGAGCUAGACCUGUUCUCUGGGCUCUGUCGGCGCAGUCUGGCCAGGCCUGCAAAGUCUCGGAGACUGCGAAUGGGGAAAGAGGUUCUUUCCCUGAAGUGUUUGGCCUCUGCCUCAGCCUGCAGAAGGGCUUGGGAGUCCCACAUCCCACUCUGCUGUUCAAGUGGCCCUCAGGGCACUGGGAUCCAUCAUUUCCCAUCAGAGGGUGUGCUCAGGGCUGAGAAGAUCGGGAGUGCUGCUGGAAGUGGGCUGACUUCCCACGUUCCGCAGAGAACAGGGAGGAGGGCUUGCCAGUGGGCCUAUCAAGUGGGGCAGAGUACGGGGCCGCAGCUGCCCAGAGGAUGCAGACUGUGAUUGGCAGAAUCUCAGCCCAUGUGAUGCCCCGCUGGCCCCAGUGCUGCAGGGCACUCAGAUCACCCGUCCUGCGCCCCAUGCUGGAGUUAGGGCAGGCCUUCUCAGCCCAGCACCACCUCUCCCUUCUCCACUCCUUGCCCUGUGGAGUGAGGUCAGGAGAGCAGAGCAGAGGUACUGAAGCCCUUGAUCCUCGGGCCUGGGAGGUGUAGGUCAUGCUGGGCCAGGUCCUAGGCUGUGCCCCACAGGACAGUCUCAGUUAAGGGGUAAGGCCACUUGGGGCCCCCAUCCUCUUUCCAGCAACUUCACGUCUACUUGUGGGCUUGUGGGGGCCCACCGCCUCUCUAAGCCAUGAGCUAGCUCAGGCCCGUCCUCCCGCUGGAGCUACCCUGCCCUUUUGAAGUAUUUAUUUAUUUAUUGCAUGGCUCCUGGGAAUGUGUUGCACAGGAAUGGGGUGAAGAGGAUGGGGGCCCUCUCUUACCCAGGACCCUCCCUCGAGUCGAGUUGUGGGUUACCUGGAAUGAACCCGCAAGCUACUGAGACUUGUCCGUACCUGAGGCAGCAACCCAAGGAGGCAGGCUGGACAGGGCAGUCUGUCCUAGGCUGGCUUUCUUGCCAGGCCAGGCAGCUGAGUUAGGCCUUAGCAGCCAGAGACCUGCCCCAGGCCAGCCAGGGUACCCGUCCCUGGGGAACCUGGCAGGCCCUUGCCCUGCUGAGGGUGAGCGUACCCGUUUUGCUGACACUGGAGCUGAGCGGGAAGGAUCUGUAUAACGGAGAAUGGUCAAUAAAAGGCUCGAACCGCUGUC